AGUAGAGCUGGGGUAUCAGGGCUGCACUGCCGCGCGCACUGUCGGUACCAGCGCCGAGGGCUCCGCAGCACCCCUGCGCCCGCCGCUGCCGCCGCCGCCGCGAUGCUGGGGCUGCUCAUGGCGGUGCUGGCCCUGGCGCUCGCCUACUUCGCGCUCCUGGACGGCUGGUACCUGGUGCGCGUGCCGUGCGCCGUACUGCGCGCGCGCCUGCUGCAGCCCCGCGUCCGUGACCUGCUGGCUGAGCAGAGCUACGCGGGCCGCGUGCUGCCCUCGGACUUGGACCUGCUGUUGCACAUGAACAACGCGCGCUACCUGCGCGAGGCCGACGUGGCGCGCGCCGCGCACCUGGCCCGCUGCGGCGUGCUCGGGGCUCUGCGCGCGCUCGGGGCGCGCGCCGUGCUGGCCGCUUCGUGCGCGCGCUACCGCCGCUCGCUGCGUCUGCUCGAGCCGUUCGAGGUGCGCACCCGCCUGCUGGGCUGGGACGACCGUGCCUUCUACCUGGAGGCGCGCUUCAUCAGCCUGCGCGACGGCUUCGUGUGCGCGCUGCUGCGCUCCCGCCAGCACGUGCUGGGCACCUCGCCGGAGCGCGUCGUGCAGCACCUGUGCAAGCGCAGGGUGGAGCCCCCUGAGCUGCCAGCCGACCUGCAGCACUGGAUCGCCUACAACGAGGCCAGCAGCCAGCUGCUCCGGGCCGAGAGCGGGCUCGGCCACGUUGUAAAGGACCAGUGAGCACCGCAGCCUACCCGCCCUGCCCACCAGCCUUGACCUGGGGGCAGUUGCCCACCCUUCCCCGCUUGCCAGGAGGCAGAGAGCGCAGAAUGGGCCGGCUGGGCUGGGCUCUCUUUGAGCUGGAGUGGCCUUGCGACCGGCCCAGCCCCCUUCACACGCUCGAGGCCCUCCCCCGCCCCCAUUAUCGAUGCCCCUCUACGCCCCAUCCCACGCGGAGCACGGGAUGCGGGUGACACAGGCACCCAGACCAGCUGUGCGCUCAGGAUGAUGACGAUGGGCAAACUGGGAGGCCCAGGGCCCUUGGCAUGCAGGCAGCGGGGUUUGGGGGUGGCCCACCCAGCAGGUGCAGCCCCGUGUCCAUGUGUCGCGUUGGGGGAGAGUGCCUGGAGCAGGGGUCUGGCUAGAGCUGCCCUGAGCAACAGAGCUUGAAGUCCGAGCUGCCGUGGGGGUGAGGCCCAAGCAGUCCUGGAGGCAGGGCUGGGGCUGGCCGGGGCUGGGGCCUGGGGGCCUGAUUCGGGCGCAGCAAGGAGCUGGGAAGGAUCAGAGCAGCAUUUCAAGGCAGAUCCCUCUGGCUGCGAGUGAGGGAAGGGGAGGCCCAGGGCAGAGUCUGGCAGACUAGGGGUCAGGCAGACUGACCCAAGGGCACUCAGGAGGGAGGCCUGGCCACCAGGCUCCCGGGAUGGGGGCAGGUCCUGCAGCAGAGGCUUGUGGCCCUGGAGAGUGUGCUGGGGCCAGUGCAGGUCAGAUGGCACAGGGGCUCCAGUGGAGGUGGUGAACUGUCGUAGCUGGGGGUGUCCUAGUUGGGGCCUGCUGCUGAGGAGGGAUUGGGGAGUGGGAUUCUGCCUGGGUGCCCUCACCCAUCUGCACCCUUCAGUGCCCAUAGGACUGCUGUGUGACGCUGGGGGAUGUCCUGCCCUCUCUGGGCCUACAGCACCUCAGUUGUCUGCCCUCCUGCUGGGGCUGUCCUUGCCUGACAUUCUGCCCCGCUGUUGACUUUUUUCCUUCCUGUGCAGAGAGCUGCUUCCCUCAGUGGGCUGAGGCUGGAGAGGGUCUUCUUGGUUUUGCUUGAGUGGCUCUGUCCUGGCAGCUGCUCUUGGGGCUCCCUGAUGGCGUCACCGGCCGAGGGCUCCCACUCCUGCCCAGUCUCCCACCUUGCAGCUGGGGAAAGGGAGGCCUGGAGAGAAGCAGGCACUGGCCCAGAGCCUCCAGGAGCGCUGAGGGCAAAGCAGGUGGGCCUUGUCCCUGGCUGGCUGGGGACAGAGGUCAGGGCUCUGGGUGUGGGAUUGGUGCUUUCCUGUGCGGGGGCUGCCCAGGGCGGGUGCCCACUCACCUGUGCCCCUGCAGCUGCCCCCUCCAGCCCACGGGGCAGGCCAGAGCAUCUGGGGCCCAGGACUGCCCCCUUGCCACCCAGCCCACGACCCCGCUGCCAGCUGGAGCCAGGAGCACAGCCGCACCCCUCAUGCCUCCCCUGUCCCCACAGUGUCAUCUGCCUCAGCCACCGUGGGAACACUGCAGUAUUUCUGUUUAUUUAAAGAAAGCCCAAGAGUAAAGGGUCUCAAACGUGAGCUUGCUGGGGAGUCCUCAUUUCCGAAGCCCUGGUCCCCCAGGGGUGUUUUCUGGUGUGGGGGGCUGUCGGGCUUGUUGGCUGAGCUUGGGGACCACGCUGGCAGGCUGGAAUGCU